AUGAAUAUGGAGGUCAUUAAGCUCGAUACUGAUUCUGAUAUCGAACUAUCGGGUGUGUUGACCGACGAGCAAGGGAGAGUUCAAGCACUAUGGGCAAGUAUUUCCAGCCAGCUCUUUGGUUGUGGCAAAGAAGGGGGCCAUCAAUUUGUUGUAGGUAUACCAAUAUACCUGAUAAGUCAAGUCCUUGAGAAGAUAAUCUCUGGUGCUCCUGGACCAUCUCGUCUUAUCAAUGGAAUUAGGAGACCAAUGCCAUUUGUCAGACUUCUGGAGGUGGAGAUUUAUCCAACUUUGCUCGCAGAGGCAAGUAGUUAUGGAUUGAGCGAUAGAUGGGUGCAGGCUCUAGCUAGGAAGGACCCUGAGCGAAGACAAGUAUUGCAAGUUAUAGGUUGCUUUGCUGGAUCGAAAGCGGAAACUCUUCUUGAAGGGGAUAUGAUUCUUGCUAUCGAUAAGAAGCCUAUUACAUGCUUCCUUGACAUUGAGAAUGCUUGCCAAAAGCUGGACCAUUCGGUUGGUUCAGAUGGAAUGCUUAACAUGACAAUAUUUCGCCAGGGAAAAGAAAUAGACCUUAUCGUUGGAACAGAUGUAAGAGACGGUAAUGGUACAACACGUAUGGUGAACUGGUGUGGAUGCAUAGUUCAGAAUCCUCAUUCGGCUGUACGUGCACUUGGUUUCUUGCCAAAGGAAGGCCAUGGAGUUUACGUUUCUAGAGGUUAUGCUGGAAGUCCCAUCCAUAGAUAUGGUCUCUACCCUCUCCAGUGGAUAGUUGAGGUUAACGGGCAACCAACUCCAGAUCUGGAAUCCUUCAUAGAGACGGUGAAGGGAUUGGAAGACGGUGAAUUUUGUAGGGUGAGGACCGUGAAGUUGAAUGGAAUAUCUUGCGUCCUUGCUCUCAAACAGGACCUUCACUACUGGCCAACCUGGGAGCUCAACUUUGAGCCGGAGACUGCAACAUGGCAGAGGAGGACAAUAAAAACAUUGCAACGUGUGAUCCAUUCUAUUGGUAACUAG